AUGGAAUACAACUCCGUAACAGAUCUUUACUAUGGAGUCUCCCUGAAGAACGGGCCAAUUACUCUGACCCCUAACCUGCCUGAACCAAGGGUAGCUAAGACACAACAGACGAUUACCCCUACAACCCUCCCCAGCCUACGCCAUAGAGACUCCACUGCACUCAUGGCUCCAAUAAACUUCCGGAACGGACAUCACUGUCAGGCGUGCAACAACAUACACAUUCAUUCAAGCAGACAGGUCGCACUCGAUGAAGACAUAAUCGCACUGGAGCUGGCUCAGGAGGAACUGAAAUUCGUCAGUCAGUCCGUGGAACAAUUGCUAGAUGUGAUGCGGAACGGAGAUGGUCAGCAACUCGAGACUCUUUUUGCAGCAGCUCGAAGUGGUGUUUCACAAGAUGAGAUCUUGGCCAUGGCCAGGCAAUUCACCCGAGGCAAGGAGAGAGAAGACCCAAAAUAG